UUAUCAGUGUGUAGCAUAGAUUAAACAGGAGAGAGACUUCAGGCAGGGACAAAGUAGGAGGCUAUGCUUACAGUAGUCAAGUAAUGAGAGCCCAAACUAGAGUUGUGCCAGGAAGAAAUGGGAGAAGGAGAUCAACUUGACAUUACAAGGAAGCAGAAUCGAGACAUAUCAGCACUUCUCUGAUACUGCAUUUUGUUAAGCUUUACAUUUACCUUCUAGGAAAUAUCUUUCUUCUCUUUCUUUCCUUUUUAGAAAUGUUACCUAUUUCCUAUCUAUUUAGCUGGUUGUUCACAGUGACACCCAAGGACAGAACAGCUCUUUAACUGAUUGCUUUCUUCCAUUUCCCUUUUUAGCACAAAGGUUUAGGAAAUUUUUCUCACUGGCUGAAAUCUUAUUACUACUAGAGAGCACCAUUGAAUCUUCUUCUUUGAGCUAACUCUCAUUUACUCUGAGGGCCCUUUUUUCAGAUGUUUGGAGGGAUUCUCUCUUCUAGAUAUUCUUGAAGAUCUGAAAUAUUCCAAGAGAUCUAGUUUAAACAACUCCAGCAUCCUGACAAUUCAAAUCAAAUUGAUAAACACUUAUCAAGUGCCUACUGUGUGCAAGGCAAUAGGGAUAAUUUUUUUUUAAUGAUGUGAUUCCUACUCUCCAAAAGCUUGCACUCUUGGAGGAAGAGUGAUAAAACUUUAAAAUAAAUAAGUGUAAUACAAGUUAGAAAAUAAUCUGGGUAAAAGGAAUGAUUCAUACAAAGGGCUCCAGGAAAAUAUGAAGGGGAAGAGAGUACUUUCAGCUGCAGGAAGUCAGAGAAGAUGAGGAAAGGAGGAUAGAGUCCUCUUGUGACUAAAGGGAAUUCUCAAACCUGCCUUGUUUCUUGGCACUUUCCUGCUUAGCUCUUCAACUUUUAGGGUUCUAGUCCUUUGUUGUGGCAUAGCCUCUAGAAAGUUCUGAAGUCACAUGCCCACAUUCUGUUUCAACCUGGUCAGAGGGAGCUGCUUUCAACCUGCAACACCUCUGUUCUCCUCUGCUCUCCUCUAUUUUACUGCUUUCCCAGGCCUAGGUCAUUCCCAGAACCAUACAACCAGAAAGAGUAGGAUAAUGGUUGGGGCAACACUGGAAACUGACCAUUGACAUCUCUCAGACACAAGACUGAAGAUGGGGUGGAAUUUUCCAGCAAUUCUUCUGUCUUUGAUCUUCAUCAUUCUGGCAUUCGCCACAGUGGCAGUUCUAGUCCUGAAAUAUAUACAACACAAGAAAAAAUCGUUUGGACCUUGCAGUGCAGAACAACAGGAGUGUCUUUUGAAGUGCCAGGAUCAGAAAGCUCAAUGUGAGGAAUCCAUCGCACAAUCUACAGACUCCUUUAACAUUCCAGCAACAUCUUCAACCAGCCUAACUGGACACAAUGCUGGACCUAAGGAAUCCAACGAGCUCCCUCAGAAGACAAACAAAUUCUCUAUUUCUGAAGAAACCACGACUCCUCCUGAUGGAGCCAUUGCUUUUCCUCAUGCAGUCAUUGCUAUUCCUCUGGGAGUGGUGGCUGAUUCUUCAGGAAACUGCUGUUACUUGGCUAAAAAUACCCCAAAUACAAUCCACGGAGAUAUCUGGUUACAAGGAACAAUUGAAGAUGGCAUUGACUUAGGAGAAGAAAAAAUCUACUAUUUUGAAGAGGAAUGCUUCCAGGAAAAUGGGGGGGAAGCCAGCAAAAAUAAAACCAAGGAAAGAAAUGAAGUUCUCCUUGAAGAGGAAGAAAGGGAAGAUGGGAAGGCUAAAGUGGACAAGGAGAAGGAAACAGAACAAGAAAAGAGCAUGAUGUAUAAAAGAACAAAAAAUAGGAUGAAAGCAAGAAAUUGA